AUGGACUCUAUGGAUUCCGACGAGAUCACCAUUCGAGAGCUGGCUGAAGAAGCCCGGCGGCUUCGUGCGGAAAGGGGCCCAGCCAAACCCACGACAGCCUCUACACGGACGCAUGCUGCCGCCAAUGCUCUACCAGCUCCCCGCGAGGAUCAUGAAAACUCGGAGUCUGAAUGCCCGGCGGAGGACGACGAGAUCGACGAGAACCCCUACGACACAUCCUCUAGACCGGAGGACGACCUUGCUGCAGCCAAAGCCACAGUCCCUGAAGAUAGCAGUUCAGAUGGUUUCAGCCCUCUCACCCCUGCUAGCGCUGAUGGCCUCGGGUUUGAACCAGUGCCGCUGCUGAUUUGUAUAUCUGCCCUCUACCGGUACAUGCAGUGCAUCUACUACAUUUGCCAGGUCUUCUACCACCUCCUUUCGGACAUUCGGUGCUUCUCCUACUACGCCCACGUCUCCUACAAAGCAGCAGGCAACGAAUUCGAAAACGAGCUUUUGCCCGAGCGCUUCGUCGAGCACGUUCCUCACAGGAUGGAACAACCGUCUAUCGAGGCCGAACUCUUCCGCUCCAGGCUUCGCACUUUCAGUCUGAAUGUUGGUGGUCUUGACGCCACAACGUUUGAUUGCCUUAUGGCCUGGCUUCCUAAUGCACCGUAUGAUAUCAUAGCUCUGCAGGAAAUCCACCAUGGUCUGGGGAAAGAGUCCUCACACUGGUCCUCGGCAGGUUGGACCUUCAUAACCAGUGUCGAUCCCUCCUCUAGAUUUCAGGGCCUAGCCACGCUGGUUCGACAGGACUUCCAGGGUGCUGCGGAGAUUCACCACAAGGAGAUCAAACCAGGCCGUUUGCUACAUGUACGCCUCGCACGACCCGAAUAUCACAUAGAUGUGGUGAACUUUUAUCAACAAGCUUAUCAGCCAGACUCAGCGGGACACAAUCUCUCCAAACGACACAGUCUGUGGGACAGCCUAAAUGCCACUAUACAACAACUGGCCAGGCGAAACAUGCUGGUUCUGCUGGGCGACUUCAACUGCACCCCGAUUUAUGUCGCGGGACACAUCGGAUGCUCAUUGUCCAGGGCUGAGCUCUACUCGGAUGCUGCAGAAUUUACCACCAUCCUGGAAGCUAACCAGCUGGUUGUACUCAACACAUGGUCUCGACGUCGUCUGCUUCCUACCUUUACAGGUCCUAGGCAUCAGUCCAUCAUUGACUUUAUCAUCACCCGACAGGGACAUGCAGAUGCAGUGGCUCGACGUGCUCUACCCAAACGAGGCUUCACACUCAGUCCGUGGCGUCAAGGGGGCAAGCAUCACCCGGUUGAGGCCACUCUCCCUCUACAUCCAGGCUGGCAACGGGCCUCACCACGGCCGUCCACUCAGCCCAAAAGAUCUUAUGAUAACUUGGCUCUCACGGCUGCCGUCCGAGAUCGCACUCCGCAAUAUGAAGCCCUACGAGAAGCUUUCAGGUCCAAACUUGCGGCGGUACAAACCUCUGACCUUCAACAAAUUAACGAUAUUCUACUCGAUCUGGUUUGCAGGCUUUUUCCGCGAGCUCCUCCUCAACCACAGCUCCGGGCUUGGCAGACGUUGGAGGUGCAAACAUCGGUAGCGGACAUGUGGAGAGCACGGAGGCGAAUGCAAAGACCGGCUGGCCACCCACCAGGCUCCUUUCGGGCAUGCUUUCAAGCAUGGCGACGACACCAGGAAUUUCAGAAAGCCUAUAAGGCCCUUCGCAAAAGGGGCCGAGAAGCUCGCAAAGCCGUCCUCGAGAACUACCUGGAACAGGCCCAGACUGCAGUUGCGCGGGGUGAUCAUGGCCUACUGCAUCGCAUUAUUCGGCAAAUGGCACCCAAAACCCGACAUGCCCAGGUCCGUAUACAUGGUAAACAAGGCGAGAUGCUCACCUAUCAACAGGAGCAGCAGGCCAUUGUUGAACAUUUUGAGACUCUGUUUCUGUCUCGACAGACUGGAUGCACACUGUCUGCAGCUCGACCUUCAGCACACUACGAGGUCAGCCCGCUUAUGUUUCAGCAAGCCCUCGACUCGCUCAAGAUGGGCAAGGCAGUACCUCCGGGCAGCGCUCCUACCAGUGCGGUACGUGCAUGCUCGGACAUGAUCUCCACGAUUGCUGCUCCUCAGGCCGAGACCUGUCUGAAUGGGGCUGAGACGCCGUCUUUGUGGGCCGACUGUACUCUGGCACUCAUCCCCAAGCCACACAAAUCGGGGAAACGACCCGAAAACCUCCGACCUCUAGGACUACAAGAUACUGGUGCAAAGGCCUAUGCUAAGGUACUGAAGCAAUUACUUUUACAAGAAGUCAGCUCCACCAUAGCCGCUUUGCCUCUGUUUGCAUAUGUACCUGGUAAAAGCACAGACACUGCUAUUUCGCGAGUGACGGCCCACUGCAGACAAGUCCGCUCUAUGCAUGAAGGGCAGCAGGCCACUGUGCAUACACGUCGGGCCCAAAUCAAACAGAAAGUGGCCAUUGGCGGUAUACAACUUGCAAUCGAUCUUUCAACAGCUUUUGAUCGUACCUCGUGA